AUGUUAAUAACGGCCUCCCAAAAGUAUUCCAAAAUUUUUGAUGGGCUCUCGGAGCUUUUUGAGCGCAUAUCAACAUUUUUAGACCGAUUUCAAAUUUAUGCAAGAUCCAAGGUAGUAGGUGUCAAAAUUGACCCUCACCUUAGGCGGAUUAUCCACGAUUUGUUGCGUAGCUUUGUACGCAUCUGUGCCCUGUCUAUCAAAAUAUCAAAACAUUCCAAGGUCCUUUUGGCACUCGAGGUAUUCAGUUUUGGAAGCGAUAAAGGCGUUUCCGCAGAACUUAGCAAGCUGGAAAAUCUGGUGCAGAAUGAAACGAAAAUGAGCAUUGCUCUGAUUCUGGAAUCCACCAAGAUUAGCGAAGGAAAGAUCACAGCUGGGUUUUCGGAUGUCAAAUCAUCUAUUGAUACAGUCGACUCAAAGCUGGACACCCUUGAUGGACACAUGGAUAGUGUCUCUACCCUUUUAGAAAAGCACGACCUUGCCGAAAGACGGAGGGAUCAGGAAGGGCAAUCUAAACAGCGACGAGACAAGAUUAAAGCUGCUUUGAAAAUCGACAAAGAAGUGUGGAGAUCAUACCAGGAAGAUUAUGUGGGCAACAUAGUCCCAGGAACCGGCCAGUGGCUUCUGAACGAUCCCCAGUUUUCUGCCUGGGCAGACCCUAAUACCAAGUCACCCCCAAUAUUUGGUCUCAAGGCUAAGGAAGGGUAUGGAAAGAGUUACUUAUCGUCUGCGGCGAUCAGACAUCUGUACCGGCUAUACCCACCAGGGAACCAGGAUGCAAGGAUGUCCGUCGCAUACUAUUUCUUUGGGGGAACAACCUUUAACUCUACGGAAAAAUCAGUGAAUAUUGCGCUCAGGUCGAUAAUUUGGCAGCUAACCCAGAACGAUGCGGUUUAUCAGAAGAAUGUUGCUUCUGCUUGUGAUAAACCAGAAGAGUUUGGCGAUUCGUUAGAACUUUGGAAACAACUUGUGGUAAAUUUCUCGCCGAAGACCAAUGCUGUUUUCUACAUUGUCCUCGAUGGUAUAGAGGAGCUCGAUAGUGAAAUUGGGAAGCCCCUGGUUGAGGUCUUCCGCGACAUAUCUGCCAUGGCAAAUGAAAAGAGUAUGAUGACUGUUAGGUUAUUCAUUACUGGCAGGCCAACUAUUUUCUCUGAAGCUGAGACAGCAUCUGGGGUUUCUCUGUCCACUAUUGAGUUAGGUAUUCGCAACAAAGAGGACAUUGAAAAGUAUAUUGAAAUGCGGAUGAACAACAUGGAAAUUCUCAAAAAUAAGGAGAAACCAGAGAUUUUAGAGCUCAGGGAUCUAAUCAAAACAGGCCUUGGCAAAGGUACCCAAGGUGACUACUUCCAGUUGAAUUAUCUUUUGACCGAAAUCAGUAAAAAGAGGAGGAAGAAGGAGAUUCAGGAGGUACUGGAGCAUGCUGGCGAGGAUCGAGAGGCCACAAUAGCUCGUGAGAUCGACCAUCUGAAUCAUACUCUCGGAUAUGAAGACAUUCAGGAUCUUGUGGCAAUACUUAGCUGGAUAAUGGGCGCAAAACGUGCGCCAUUUCUAAAAACCCUUGAAGGAGUUCUUUUGAUCAAGAAUGGCGAGGCCUCUCUUAUGCCGCUGGAGGAGCAAGUCCGGACUAAGUAUUCUUCUCUGCUUGAGAUAGCAGAGUAUGACUCUGUGAUACUUCGUUCCAAAGCCAUUCGCGAAUUUUUCAAUAAGCAGACCAAAAAAGAAACCAACGAAGCGAUCGCAAAGACCGAGCUACAUCCAGCUGAGGUAGCCAUUGUGAGGAGAUUUCUCAACAGCGUCUGUGACAAGGAGUUGUUUGAAAAAUUUGGAUUCGAAGAAUUCUUCAAGUCCAAGUUAGGUUCCAAAUCUGCUUCAAUCCGUGUGAACGUGGAGACUCUCAAAAUUUACGUUAUACUUGUGGGUAUGAAGUCCGUCGCGAGUGAUAGGGAUGAAGAGUUGAAGGCCCUGAGGAACGCACAUUUCUACUCUUUCCAGGAGUGCUUGGAAGCGGUUGACCUUGCGCUCACGCAGCCCGAGCCGAAAACUGAGAUUGGUACAUACCUUAUCAAGCAUUUUACCGACGAGACAUACAUGAAAAAAUGGUGGAUUGAGGACCGAAUGUUCCAACGAAGCUGGUGGUCGUAUGAGGACAAGCAUGUUAAUACGAUGCUCAAAUGGUUCAAGGAUUCCGCCGUUACAAGGAACCUAUCAGCUGAAAUGAAGGAAUGGGUAAACGGACUAAUUUCGAACGCCAACCCAAAUGAUGAUCUUCUUUGCCAUACUGCAAAGUACAUUGCAAAGCAAUGGCUACAGACUGUGAACUGGGAGACUCGCAAUUUUUUCUGGUGGCUACUGGGAUAUGUAACUAAGGUUUGGAUCUCUUCUUGUAGUGGACUCUUUAUCAUAUGCUAA